AGCGAUUUUAGGUUCCGCGGAGUCAGAUUUUCGUUCCGGGCACUACGAAUGUUCACGUCCGGGGGGAAACGCGUCACGCAGCGCUUCUCCUCCCCAGGCGGCCUGGAGUGGCGCGCCGCUCGCGGCUGACCUGCGGGGAGCGGGCGGCCUUGCCGGGCGGCCUUGCCGGGCGGGUUUCCCCGCCGCCACCGCCGCUGCCAACUCUAAGCGAGUGAAGGCGACGAGACGAGAUGCGAGUGAACGCCAACACGCUGCUCGAGGGCCGCCACGUGGUGCUGGUCCCCUACGAGAGGGAGCACGUGCCGCGCUACCACACGUGGAUGCAGAGCGCUGAGCUACAGAAACUCACCGCCUCAGAGCCGCUGAGCCUGGAGCAGGAGUUUGCCAUGCAGCGCAGCUGGAGGGAGGACCCAGACAAGUGCACGUUCAUUGUACUGGAGCGGGCGGCUUGGGAUCGCGAGCCAUGCUCGGAGGAGACCUGCAUGGCCGGUGAUGUUAACCUCUUCCUGACCGACCCCGGUGACCACUCGUUGGCCGAAGUAGAGAUCAUGAUUGCCGAGCCAACUUGCAGAGGAAAAGGCCUGGGAAGGGAGGCAACACUUAUUAUGAUGCAAUAUGGUUUGCAGAAUUUGGGGAUAAAAACCUGCCAAGCCAAAAUAGGAAUGGACAAUGUGGUCAGCAUAUCCAUGUUUAAAAAGAUGAAUUUCAAGGAGGUAUCCAGGAGCAAUGUCUUUCAGGAGGUCACGUUACAGCUGUCGAUGGAUGCCGAUAGCUCCGCAUGGCUCACGGAACAGACGGCACAUGUCGUACAGAGAGACUAUACUCACCCAGCAUGCUGCCAAGAUUGACAUUGUGUGGUUUCCUCAUUCCUUCUCUUUAAGUAGCCAGUUUUGAUUACAUAAUCACAUCUCCGAUUGCCACGGUUGGCUACGUAUGGUACAAAAGAAGUUCAACAUAACGAAGCUCAUUCCAACUCUUUCCACAAGAUUGUCAAGGUUAUCCCCCCCCCCCCCGGCCCCAACAGACAACAUAAUAACUGGAAACUGCUGUUGGAAUCCUGAUUACACUGCCUCCAUGGGGGAAAAUGCCAUCGUGUGUCAUCCUGGAAUAAAAUCCACCUUCCAUCUGCUACAGCACAUGGUUGAUAUUUUAAAAUGCCUCGUAAUCGCAAUAUUUCACGAGGUUUUGAGUGGUUUGAUAAAAUGUUGCCCCACGUGGAAGAAUAACUGUGCUCUUUGGUUCUUUCGGUAAAGUCACGUAGGUAUAAAAAUAAUAGAUCACGACCUUUCGAUUGCAACACACCGAUUAUGAUUGCGUCGUGUUGCGAUCGAAACGUCGUGAUCUAUGAUUUUUCUACCUGCGUGACUUUACCGAAAGAACCCAAUAGUAUGGAUUCCUGCAGUCACGAAAGCUUCAAAUCAAGACGGAAGAAUAACUGUAUUUGUUUUUUAUAUACACAGAAUUCCUCGUGUUAAGUUGCGGUGUAAACAAUGCUUCCCAACAUUAAAGUCCAGAGUGAAGA